GCGUCUUCGAAAGGAAGUCUCACCAUCAUGUUUCACUCAUAAGUGUCAAACUAACCACGCAGAGGACUUUACUCUCUCAGCCAUGACUUUAGAGUUCAAGUUCCCUUCAAACCAAACCAAUUUAUUGGCUUUGGAAAACACACUAUAUAAAAUCAAGAUCUUCUAUGAUGAAGAAUCAGCUGAAAGAAACCAGGAACUCACUUCUGAGGUACUUGUGGACAUUGUAAAAGACGAACUUGAGGAAGCUGUCAGAGUUCUGCUGCUUAUGUUUAUUCAAGGAAAAGCAUUGAAACGUGUGAAGAGUUGCCAUUUUGUAUUCAGGGCUGUUCGGAAACCGUGGAAAGCAGCUCAGAAGCUAAAGUUCAAAUCUAAUGGUCAGGUGUUGAGUGUAUGCCCAGAUGUGUUGGAGAUAACAGUGACUACAAGGGCGAAUCCAGCUGCCGUGUUCAAAGACUGUGUGCACUAUCAUGUUGUUAUUGCCAAUAGCUCAUCUUCUCUUAGAGGUAGUGAUUCAACCCAAAUUGAACAAAAUCCGCAAGUAAAAUUACGGUCCCCAAGAUCGUCUCCUUCAAAACGAAAAUACAGCCCUUCCAGGAGCCCAAGAGGUAAAAAGAAAGCUAAAAACAAUAAUUUGAACAAUUCUGAGUGUCUGGAAAGUGAUGAAGCUUCUUUGCUUGCAAUGUGUCCCAAAGAAAAAGAACCAACUGGUAUGCCUUCGACCACAAGCAAUGAAGAAUCAGAGAGAAUGGAAUUUGUUGAAAGUGAGCCAGAAAAACAACAGAUGUUACAUGUUGAAAGAUCUAGGUGUCCUGAACAGAAGUCAAAAAAUAAAAACAACUCAAACAACAGAUCUGAACAGUCCUCAUCUUCAGUCCCUGAGCAACCGUAUUUAGGAAAAUCUGCUCACCCAGAGAAGAGGAAGACCAAGACAGCUGAAGGUCCCUCAAUGAAUCUGCGUUCUAGGCGACCUUUGUUGCAAAAGUCGAGACUAGAUCAGUUUGUAGUGGAAGCAGAGGAGUUGGCAGAGGAACAGAAACUUCAGCAGCUGGCACAGCCCACAAAAUCAUGCAGCAAGACAUCAAAAACCCCUGUGUCAAGUAGGCAGAAACCUCAUAGAUCAAGCCUGAGUUCAGCUUUAGAUAUGUUCCUAACACCAUUCAAGUAUUUCACAAGAAACAAACUGGGAAAGACUUAAGUGAAUAUUGUUGCACAAGCGGUAUAGUAAGAUACAUGUAUUUCAGGUAAAGGAUUUACUGGUAUUCACUUAAAGUUAGACAUUUUUUCAAGUGACAGAGUUUACUUGAUUUGAAUGAUUCGUCCACCUUUAGUAAAAGGUUUUUUUCUGAAGUUUCAUUAAUAUUUUAUCACACUGUGGGUGUAAAAAUUAACAUUUUAAGGCCUUCAUGUGCUGCAGAAAGUGCAUUUUUACAUAUCUCUUACAUUAAGGUGAAAUAUCAUAAAUUGAAAGAUAAAAUUGAUUUGUUUCAGGAAGAAUACUCCUGUUGGAACAAGCUGUUUUAGGCUGUUAAUUUAAUCGUCUUACAUUUGUUAUAGAGUUCAAUAAAUGCAAAGAAAGCACUAAAGUGACAUGUAUAUCAGAUGAAAGACCAUUAAGUAGUAUCCUGGAAACUAGUUGACUUUUUUAUUAGGAUUUUUUUUAACUGAGUUAUAAAAUGAUUUUAGAAUAUAAGAUUCUAUAUUGGUCCUUUGGGAAUGGGUAAUGUCACAUCCAUAGAGUUUGCUUAAAAUAGUUGUCUCAUGGUCCAUUCAAUAAUGCAUCUAUAGCUCUACAUGUGUAUGCAUUUGUUUGUUUGAUUGGGAUUUCUCAUGGUGGAUGCAUUUUGAGUGCAGGACACAGUCUGCGUGGAAAGUGGCAAAAACCUGACAUGGCGUCACUUAUCACAAUAUGGUAUGAAAAGGCUGCUGUAUAUUUUAACCCCCCAAAAAAUCAAAUAUUAUAUGUUAUUUAUAAUUUAUUUUGAGUUUGAUUGCCACUGCAUGGUCAUGCAACCCAAGCAAUUAUAGACUUACAAUUUUAUUGCCUAAAUCACAUGAUAGGCGGUUGUUAUACUUCAAGAGGUAUACAUGUAAUUAACAUUGGCCGUUAAAAACUCUGACUAGCAGAUGUUAAAAAAAAUUAAGUUCAGGCUUUCCCACCCACAUUGUUUGUUUUGACAGCUACCAUCGUUGAUGUAACCACAACAGGGUAAUUAAUUUCCUAACUAUCAACUGGACAAGUAGUUUAAAGUCAUUUUGACACCCCUAGAAGAAAGCUGAAAAUCUUUCUUGUAUUUCUGUAUGUUAGGCCACAUCAUAUACUUCAUAUUAAGAAAUAAAAACCAAGCAUUUCACAUAUUAUUUAAAGUUCUAAUGUUCUAUGGUAUUGGAACCUAUAAAUUGACGCUGAGAAAAGAGGAUAUUGACAGAUGAGAUUGACAUCUCUGUUGUUUUCUUGACCUGAUAGCCUAAUGCUAUUUAAAUGGGAACAAAUGAAGAAAAUGAUUUAUGGAACUUUUACCAUUACUUGAAAGGCUUUGUAAGGCUUAGUCACCGACUUUGGCUUUGUGGGCAUUGGUAGUUCCUUAUAAAUUCAUGACAGCAUUUCAGUACCGGACAGCAUGAUUUCUAUACUAUGACACGGAUUAGAGCUAGAGAUAGAAAACGCAUGAAUUCAUUAUGUGUGAACUAAUUUUUAUCACAACCC